AUGAAUUCAAAACAUCCUGUUGAAUUAUUGAAGAAAAAGAUUGAACCUGAAGCCAUCAUGUAUAAGUUCAGAUGGAGUAACAACUCAGUAUCAAUUGAACCCAUGACUCAAUUAACUCCAGAGAUGUUGGUUCUAGUCCAUGAUUAUGAAUUAAAACAAUUAGGACAUGACCCUCAAGAACCUAAACCUCAAAAACAUAUAAAACAAGACACUUAAAUUAUCAAUCAAAAUAAUAAUGGGAAAAAACUUGAGGAACAAAAAAGAGAAAAAAAGUCUAAUGAUAGGGUGGAUAAAGUUGAUAAAACUGAAAAAAUUAUUGAAAAGCCUUAAGAAAAAAAUUAAGAAAAACAAAAACAAUAGUAAAUAUAAAAAGAUGUUGAUAAUGUACUUAACACUAAUACAGGAAAUGGUCCUCAUAAGCCAAGAAAGAGUAAACCUUGUUAAGUCAAACAAGUUAGACACGAUAAUGGAAGAGUAGAUUUUUUAGUGUGUUUCGAAGAUUCAACUGAUUAAAAGUGGAUUUCAUUGGAUGAGAUGAAAGAAAAAGCGCCUGUGGCUGUUUGCGAGUUUUUAUUAGGAAAAGUCAAAUAUGGAGGGACAAUGAACAAAAAAUGA